GGGUCAUCCCGUGUGGGCAUCCACAUUUAGCACUACAAAAGCCUGAGAGAAGCUUCAGCGGCUCUGGACCAGAAGGGACUGACCUGGGCAGGAGAGGGUGAAGCAAACCGCUGCUCUGCCCACCUCCUCCCCACUGCCACUGCCACUCCAACCCAGCCUGGAAGCUACUACCCAGGAGCCAGAACUCAGCUGCCUGUUCUGUUCCCAGAAAAAAAACAAAACAAGGACAAAAGAGGCCUCACCAGCCCGUCCCUUUGAGUCCCAUGGCAGGCCUGAGCCCAACGCAGCUACGGAAGUUCCAAGAGGAUGGAUUUCUGGUCCUGGAAGGGAUAUUUUCCCCCAAAGAGUGUGAUAUCAUGAGGGAACAAAUCCAGAAGAUCAUAGCAGAAAUGGAAGUCCCAUCUCACUGUCGUAUUGAAUUUUCUACUCAAGAAGAGGAACAGCUCCGAGCCCAGGGCAAUACUGACUAUUUUUUGACCAGUGGAGACAAGAUCAGGUUCUUCUUUGAGAAAGGAGUGUUUGACAAGGAAGGCAAUUUUCUAUUCCGGCCAGAGAUCUCUAUCAAUAAGAUUGGGCAUGCUCUCCAUGCCCAUAACCCUGUCUUUAAGAGUGUUACCCACUCAUUUCAGGUACAGGAGUUGGUCAAGAGUCUGGGGCUUGAAGUACCUGUGAUAGUUCAAAGCAUGUACAUCUUCAAGCAACCACACUUUGGCGGGGAAGUCACUCCACACCAGGAUGCCACCUUUCUCCACACUAAGCCACUGGGCCGAGUACUGGGUGUUUGGAUCGCCUUGGAGGAUGCUACUCUGGAGAAUGGCUGCCUCUGGUUCAUCCCUGGCUCCCACACUGGUGGCAUUUCCCGGAGGAUGGUACAGGUGCAGACUGAUUCUGGGGGUUGCACCAACUUCAUAGGCUCUGAACCGGUUUAUGAGGAGAGUCGUUUCAUCCCUACACCUAUCCAGAAAGGGGGUCUCAUCUUGAUACAUGGGGAGGUCGUUCAUAAGAGUGAGCUGAACCGCUCCCCACAUUCUCGCCAUGCAUACACCUUCCACAUCAUGGAAUCCAAGGACACUCAGUGGAGCCAGGAUAACUGGCUUCAGCCAACACCAGAGCUGCCCUUCCCCCUACUGUAUACCUAAUGCCAAUCACCAAGAUGGAUUCCUCUGCUCUUUCAGAUGAAGCCCUGGGCCUAACUUUUUGAUACACCAAGUGGUUCCCUAUGCUUCCCCAGAGCCAUUUGUGCCAUGAAUUCGUGGGGGAUCGGUUUCAACAGCUCAGGUUCCUUGCCAUUGGUUCUCACAAAGUAUGCUUCUCUGGGUGGAGCAGGCUGGUGCUUCAGUUGAACCCAAGUGCCUUUUUCUUUGGCUUCCUUCUUCGUCUGAUCAUUUUCCUUUACCCGCUUCAGGAAGCUAUCUCUGCUCUUAGAAUGCUUAAUAUGCUCAAUACACACAUUAAUUCUCUUGGCUAGAAUCUUGCCCUUAACCUGUUUGUUUACAACAAUGCCUACAGCAGAUCUGUAGAGAUGUUAUUUAUUUUACUGGUUCACAAUUAUCAUUUAGGUCAGGAAGCACAGCUCUAGAACAGUGGUGUCAAAAAUCAAAUAGAAACAAGGACCGCUAAACUGUACGUAAGGAUCCCUAUAGACUGCAUAUUGACCUAGAAAACCAUGUAUUAACAUCAUCUAUGUUUUAUUGCAUUUUUAUUUACUUUGUUAAAUAUUUCCCAAUUACAUUUUAAUGUGAUUCAGCUGCACUCAGGAAUAUUAUGGGUUGCAUGUGGCCCUGUGAUUUGGACCUCUGCUAUAGAGUACUCUCCAGCUUCUCCCAUUCUUCACAAUUGACCCUCAAUAUCUAUUCUAUAUCUUGUCUUAGUUCCUCUGCUACCUACUUCCACCCCUAGGUGCUCCUAAUUUCCAAGUAACCAGCUAUACUAAUCCGGUUCUGAUAUUGUACCCUAUGGCCCAUUUAGGAGAAAUAAAUGGCAUUAACUCAAA